AUGAAAGCACAAGCUAUGAAGCUACCAGAAGUCAGCGAACAAACAGCUAUGGAUGCCAGAAACAAACCAUCAGUCCCAGACAUAAACACUUACAGAGACCCCCCUCAGAUUUCAGUAACAGAUGAAGAUGCAGACUUGCCUCUUGCCCACUCAGAUGACUUGGUCACACCCAGCCUGCCUGAUUCAUUUCUUGGCAAACUAGGCUUAUCUUUGAGCGGUUCCACCAGUGCCACCGCAGACACCAGCAUAGAUCAGCUGUCAGAGAAAGAAGUAGAGAGCAAGUUUGUGACUCUCUCCCUGGCCUUCAGAUCAGACAAACACACCCUGGACCAGAGAGUCAGAGCUCAAGAGAGAGCCCGGGAUUUGGCUGAGCAGAAUGUGGACAUUGAACUGCAGGAUUUGAGACAUGCAGUUGAGGCUCUCAGUGAGAUAGUCUCUGAUGCUCUGGUGCGAGGCCUGCUACAGAAGAUAAAAAUGCACAUAGAUGUCCUUCAGCAAGCAACUGCAAGAGUGUCUAGCAGAGCUGAGGUAUUUGGGGCAGUACAGCAGGAGAGACGGUUGAGUAAAGCAAUGGAAGUAAUGGUUCAGUAUACAGAAAACCUCCGUAGAAUUCAUGAAAAGGAGGAAUUGGAGCUUCAAGAAGCCAGGAAACUUCUGAGUGAAAAGUCAGCAAACAGCCUCAGCAUCGAUUCUGGUAUGUGUUCUAUUUUGUCUCA